UCUGCUGGUUAGCUGCGAUAGACGUCACACUGCUAGGUGUUUCGAAAAUGAAACUGGCUUGUGCCUGACUUCUAAAGGGAGCCGUGAGAGAAUGACAAUUACAGCAAGUCAUCGGACACAAAAUCAAGCGGAAUAUCACAUUUAGACCCGAACUCGAGGGGAACCAGGGGGGGGCGUUUGGACUUCAUGCUACGGGAACCGAUAGGGGGACAUGUUUUUGGUGAGGGGAUGUUGACUAGCCUCCAGAAGAGGAUGGACCACAUUUGGCUGGAAUGGAUGCUCCAGGCAGCAGAGGCUUCUUUGUGAGACUAAACCAGCCCUACCACCAUGGCGCACUUUGAGACCGAGUACCAGCGCCUGGAGGCGUCCUACAGCGACUCUCCUCCUGGCGAGGAGAACCUGCUGAUGCACGUGCCUGAGGGAAGCAAAUCCCAGUGGCACCACAUAGAAAACCUGGACUUGUUUUUUCAAAGAGUCUAUAACCUGCACCAGAAGAAUGGCUUCACCUGCAUGCUGCUGGGAGAGAUCUUUGAGCUGGUACAGCUGCUGUUUGUGGUCGGUUUCACAGUUUUUCUGGCCAACUGCGUGGAUUAUGACGUCCUCUUCGCCAACAAGUUUGUAAAUCACACAGAUUCAUCCAAAGUCACGUUACCGGAUGCGAUCCUCCCAAUGGAUGUCUGCAGCGCCCAUAUCAGAGACAACACGUUUGUGAUAUUUCUGCUGAUCAUCUCGGGGGUGUUCUGGCUCCAUCGACUGGUCAAAUUCCUCUACAACGUCUGCUGUUACUGGGAGAUCAGAUCCUUCUACAUCAACGCCCUGAAGAUGACCAUGUCAGAGCUCCCGUACGUGACGUGGCAGGAAGUUCAGGCCAGGAUCAUCGAGAUCCAGAAGGAGCACCAGAUCUGCAUUCAUAAGAAAGAGCUGACGGAGCUCGACAUCUACCACCGCAUCCUCCGCUUUAAGAACUACAUGGUUGCUAUGGUGAACAAGUCCCUCCUUCCCGUGCGGUUUCGGCUCCCCGCGCUCGGAGACUCUGUGUUUUACACCCGGGGACUCAAGUACAACUUUGAGCUCAUCUUCUUUUGGGGACCAGGCUCCCUCUUUGAGAACGAGUGGAGCCUGAAGCCAGAGUACAAGAGAGGCGGUAACAGGCUGGAGCUCGCCGACAGGCUGGCCUCUCGCAUCCUGUGGAUCGGCGUUGCCAACCUGCUCCUGUGUCCGGUCAUCCUGGUGUGGCAGAUUCUGUACGCCUUCUUUAGCUACACUGAGGUAAUCAAGCGAGAGCCCGGAUCUCUGGGGGCAAGGUGCUGGUCGCUUUAUGGUCGAUGUUACCUGCGUCAUUUCAACGAGCUGGACCAUGAGCUCAUGUCCCGCCUCAGUAAAGGAUACAAGGCUGCAUCCAAGUACAUGAACUGCUUCCUUUCUCCACUGCUGACGGUGGUUGCCAAGAACGUGGCGUUCUUCGCCGGCUCCCUCUUGGCCGUUCUCAUCGCCCUGACCAUCUACGACGAGGACGUUCUGGCGGUGGAACAUGUUCUCUCGUCCAUCACGCUGCUCGGAGUCUGCAUCACAGUCUGUCGGUCAUUUAUUCCUGAUAAACACAUGGUGUUCUGUCCUGAGCAGCUGCUGCGGGUCAUCCUGGCCCACAUCCACUACAUGCCUGACCACUGGCAGGGCAAUGCGCACCGAUACGAGACCCGAGACCAGUUCUCCCAGCUCUUUCAGUACAAGGCUGUAUUUAUUCUCGAGGAGCUGCUGAGUCCCGUGGUGACUCCCAUCAUUCUCAUCUUCUGCUUGCGGAGGAAGUCCCUGGAGAUCAUUGAUUUCUUCAGGAAUUUCACGGUGGAGGUGGUUGGGGUGGGCGACACCUGCUCUUUCGCCCAGAUGGACGUCAGGCAGCAUGGACACCCCGCGUGGAUGUCGGAGGGGAAGACGGAGGCCUCCAUCUACCAGCAGGCCGAGGACGGGAAAACGGAGUUGUCGCUGAUGCACUUCGCCAUCACCAACCCGCACUGGCAGCCCCCGCGGGAGACGACGCACUUCAUCAGCCAGCUGAAGGAGAGAGUCCACAGGGAGGCUGCGGGGGCCUCCUCUGACACACAUCCGCUCUCCUUGUCAGAGUCUGAACCGAGGAGUCUUGUUGCGAACAUCCUGGCGGGCCCCUCCACCCUGGCGUCCGUCCAUUUUGCCUGCGACAGCUCUUUGACCAACAGCGGCGUUCCUGAAAUGCCCGGUGGCGCCGCCGCCUUGCGCUCUCUCUCGCCGAUCAGCGGCAGCCUUCACCUGAGAGGCAGUCUGAGCGCGGCUCACAGAGCGAGCGGCUUCACCGGUAGAACGAUGACGGGGUCGGGAACUGAUGCCCGAACUGUGAGCUCAGGCAGCAGCGCCUGGGAGGGUCAGCUUACGAGUCUAGUCCUGUCAGAGUACGCCUCCACCGAAAUGAGCAUUCACGCUCUUUACAUGCACGAGCUCCACAAGCAGCAGUCCCGCGGCGACCUGUCGCGUCACACGUGGCACCGGCAGGAGAGCGACGAAAGCAGCGACAGCAUCCCCGACGAAGUGCGCAGCGAGCCCAACGCCCGCUCCCGACACGUCCCGCGCUCGCACACCUUCCCGACCACGCUGACGAGUCCCGGUGCCGGGUCCGCCUCAGCCGCCAGCGGCACCGCCGCGGGCCGGGAUGGGGCGGGGCCACAGAGCAGCAGUCAGAGGCGCCACAGUGGACCCGCCGCAGACCCUUUCGGUGCCGGUGCUGCAAAGGUUGUGAGGACGCCGCUUGUGCCAAUGGGUGGAUGGGCUGAGGACGGUAAAGCAUCAUCGAGACAUCAGGAGCCUCUACAGGAGGAAACCUCGGAGGACGAGCUGCCUCCUCACAUACAAAAGGUUACAUAAGCCAUAUGAAGAAGUACUAUCACAGAGCACUCAUCCUCAUCCUUCUCCAUACCUGCACUUUGGUCUUCGCCGAGGCGUGAAAACAGAAGUGUGCCGCAGGGUUUAUCAGAACCCCUUUAAACUUUUCAGAAUUCAGCUGGAUGCGUUGAUGUUAAUAAAUGCAGCUGGACGUUAACAACCCGCGGACUUUUCUGUUCAAACAGGCUGAAACUGUACCGGUCACAGGAGGACAUGCAGGGUCCAGUUAUUCACUAUAGCAAAUGUCACUAAACAUUUUCUGAUGUCAUAUGAGUACAAAAUGAAAGUCAUUGUGUUAUUGCGACAUAGGGGGAAAAAAAUGUAAAAACUCAGGACUGCAGGAAGUAUCUAACUGUAAUCCAGACCUCGUUCUUAAUUGCUUUCUCUUUUUAUAAAAAAUCAGUUGCCUAAAUCCAUGAUUUAAAAAACUACAAUGGAAUGAUACAGGCAUCACCAGGGUUUAAUGUGUGUGUAUAUAUGUUCCUGUACUAAACAGCAGGAAGAUGAGCAUCGUUUGGAUAUUUCAAACUCUUUGGACAAGUGUGUUUGCACAAUUUAAUUUUUUCCCUAAAAUGAUUGAAGAGUUAAAUGUGGUUUAAUUGGAGCAGAUUUAUGAUCGUUCGGAAUAAUUCUUUAUACAGAGCAGCAGCCGUCUCCGUGAACAUACGCACAUUAGAGAUAAUUAUCAGGUUAUUCCACAUUAAACAAUCCUUAAGCCAGUACUGUGGGUUAUAUGAUGAAUUGUGUUAAUGUUCUGACCUGAUGUGACCCAACGUAUCUUCUUUUUCUUUAUGAGGUCGUAAACGCAUUUAAACUAUUUUAAACAAGAUCACAUCAUACAGUAGAACCUUGCAUGGCUGUUCUGUCUCCUUAACAUUUUGGAAAUACGAUAAAAUAAUAAUUGCACUUUAAUCAUUUGUUUUAAUGCCUCGGGUGUUUCUGUGUGGAUUGUUUUUAUAUGCCUUUGUACAUUUUAAGUUAUUUCAUGCAUCAAAGGGAUUGUGCCAUGAUGAGUGACUGCUUUGGACUAAGUAUGUGUGCCUAAUGUGCACCGGCAUUGAAAAAGAACCACUGUAAGAUGUAUAGAUGAUGGUAAAAUUAACUAAUAACAGUUGAUUUAUGUUUUAUAAAUCCUGUAUAGUAACGGUUUGUAUAGUUGUAAAUGAAUCUAUUAAAGACACAUCAAUUACUC